CCAAACUUAUAUAUCGUACUUUAUUCUCUUUAUCAUCAUGUUUAUAAGUUGUCUAAAGAGAUAGCUGAAGGUGCAUCUGCCAAUGGAUGUAACGUUAAAAUAUUCCAAGUUCAAGAAACAUUGUCAAAUGAUAUUUUAGAGAAAAUGCAUGCACCUGCUAAACCUGAUCUUCCCAUCAUCACUCCUGCUGAAUUGGCUGAAGCUGAUGGUAUUCUAUUUGGUAUUCCUACACGAUUUGGACUCGUCCCAGCUCAAAUAAAAACAUUAUUAGAUGCAACUGGCAGUUUGUGGGUAAAAGGAGGAUUAGCUCAAAAAUUUGCAGGCUUUUUCUUCUCAACAGCAUCAUCACAUGGUGGACAAGAAACAACUGCAUUAACCUCGGUGACAUACUUAGUACAUCAUGGUAUCAACUUUGUUCCAUUUGGCUACCCUAAUCCGGCAUUAUUCGACAAUACAAAAGUCAUCGGUGGAUCUCCUUAUGGAGCAGGAACAAUGGCCAAUGGAGAUGGAUCAAGACAACUUAUUGAAGAAGAACUAGCUAUGGCCAAGAAUCAAGGACAAAACUUUGGCAAAUUCUUAGCGACGUAUCAUCGAGGUGUCAAC